AUGGCCAUCGAUUUUCUUUUAACAGAAUUGAGGUGCGACAGGGUGCCAGUGACGAUUACUCGCUCUUUGGGUUUAGAUAGUGCAAUGUCUGAGAAGCGUCUGACCACAAAUGUCAAAGCAUCCAAUCCGGAUCGGUCCAGCACACUGAAAACGGAACCACCCGUGUCUCAAGUGAAGCUUUUUUGGACUCCCAGCUGCAACGCUGUGUCCACAGGCCGUCUGUUUUCACAAGGUCACAGCAGAGAGUCUGGUUCUUCUCUAGACAUUUAUUUUGAUGAAUCUAGUCCCCACGUUAAGCAGAAGCUUUGGCACAGCCAAUCAAACUCCCCAGUCCCUAAGCUUCUUAGACAGAGAGCUAAAAGGAGGCCCGUGGUCAAAGCAGCAAAAUUUAAAAAGAUGUUUGGCUGGGGAGACUUUCAGUGCAACAUAAAAACAGUGACCCUAAACCUACUAAUAAUUGGUAAGAUUGUUGAUCACGGAAAUGGAACCUUCAGCGUGUUUUUCCGCUCCAAUACCACCGGACAAGGGAACGCUUCCGUCGGACUGGUCCCACCCUCUAAGAUGGUGAAUUAUGACAUUUCACAGCAAACUGUUCUGGGGCCUGCGGAGUCCAAGCUUUUCAACUGCAGGGCAGAAUACGAAAAGGUGGAAAAGGGAACCAAGAACAUGCGCUGCAGUAAUGACCCAUCAAAAACAUGUCAUCUGGAACUGACCCAGGGUCAGGUCUCCUGGCUCUGCUCAAAACCGUUCAAAGUUAUCUGUGUCUACAUCUCCUUUUACAGUACAGACUUCAAGCUAGUACAGAAAGUGUGUCCAGACUAUAACUACCACAGUGAUGCACCCUAUUACCCCUCAGGGUGA